AUGCCGCCACGCAAGAAGGCGAAGCGGGCGCAUUCUGCUACGCCGCAGGACGACGCUACGGUGCAAUCCAGCGCGAAUACACCCGGCUCAAGCGAUAGCGCCGAAAAGCCAGAGCCAGAACACGAUUUCCUCUCCGAUCCCUGGACAGACGAGCAAGAGACUGCGCUGCUGAAAGCGAUCAUUAAGUGGAAGCCGGUUGGCUUGCACAAGCAUUUCCGCAUGCUCGCAAUUGCAGACUACUUGAAGAGCCAAGGAUUCGGCCCUUCUACAGCAGACCAUAUGCGCAUUCCGGGGAUAUGGAAGAAAUUAGGCACACUUUACAAUCUUGAAGCUCUUGACGAACGGGAAAACUCCGUGAUUACAGGUACAAAUGACGAUGAAGAAGAGGAUCGUGACAUGUACUGCCCUUUUGAACUCCCGUACGAUGAAUACGGCGAUAUGAUGUUCGAAAGACGACUAGCAGCAGAAGGAUCGUCCUCCCCGAGACCAGCCGCCACGCUGAGUCGCCCUCGUUCCUCCCCAGCUCCCUCUCGAGGUCGCAAGUUCACCCGUGGUACACGCUCCGCUGCGCGCGAAACACGAUCUACCAAACUAGCUGUUGAAGUUGGCUCUGGGAGUCAAGACGAAGUAUCCGAUGAGGAUGGAAAAUCGGACGAAGAGGAUACGGGUGCCAAUGAUGAAGGUGACGAAGACGGCGAUGAGGACAGUGAUGGAAAGGAAAGCGAUGGUGAGGAGGAAGAAGCCGAGGAGGAGAAGGAGGAAGAAAAAGGUGCUUCGCGAAGCACGCGGGCGAAGGCGUCAACGUCCAAAUCCAAGCCGAAGGACAAGAAAGCUUCGACGAGUACAGGCACUCGAAGGACUGCCCGUCGACGUUGA